CCAGCCUGCACACAAUCAUUCAACACAUCUCGCCCUAUGAUCUCACCUCCCGAGCAGGAAACGAAACCUAUAUUCAGUCGCGCACCGGUGUGUGUGUGUGUUGCAGCAGGCCCGGUGGAGCCGUGGACUCAUGGCAGGUUUGAGGAGCGGAUCUGGAGCGACUAGAGCCCGACAGAGAGGUCACAGUGCAGCCGUGACGCUGCCCACGCUGCUGCCGCUGCUGCCGCUGCUGCUGCUCACCUGCUGCGUCAGGUGUUCCGCCGCCGCCGCCGCAAAACCGAGCAACAUCAUCCUCAUCCUCGCCGACGACCAGGAUGUUCUUCUGGGGGGGAUGACCCCCAUGAAGAAAACUAAAGCCUUAAUAGGAGACGCAGGAGCAACAUUUGUUAACGCUUUUACAGUCACGCCGCUGUGCUGCCCCAGCAGGAGCAGCAUUUUGACGGGUCAGUACCCCCACAACCACGAGGUGAGGAACAACUCGCUGUCGGGGAACUGCUCCAGCCUUCAGUGGCAGAAAGGCCCCGAGUCCACCGCCUUCCCUUUCUACCUCAGCAAACAGAAGUACCAGACCUUCUUCGCUGGGAAAUAUCUCAACCAGUACGGGAAGAAAGACGGAGACGUUGGCUAUGUUCCACCUGGCUGGGACCAGUGGCAUGCAUUGGUGGGGAACUCGCAGUACUACAACUACACGCUCUCAGUCAACGGCAAAGAAGAAAAGCACGGAGACAGUUAUGAGAAGGACUACUUCACAGACCUCAUAACGAACCGGUCCCUCCACUUCCUGGAUGACAGGAGCCCUCAGCAUCCGUUCUUCCUGAUGCUGUCUCCUCCCGCUCCUCACUCGCCCUGGACGGCCGCCCCGCAGUACCAGAAAGAGUUCGGUGACGUCAAAGCCCCUCGAGACGGGAGCUUUGACAAACCAGGGAAGGACAAACACUGGCUGCUGCGUCAACCGGUCAACCCGAUGCCAGACAGCUCCCUCACCUUCCUGGAUAGUGCGUACAGGAAAAGGUGGCAGACUCUGUUAUCUGUGGACGACAUGGUGGAGCUGCUGGUCAAGAAACUUGAAAGCAUCAAGGAACUGGACAACACGUACAUCUUCUACACCUCAGACAACGGCUACCACACAGGUCAGUUCUCUCUGCCCAUUGAUAAGCGGCAGUUGUAUGAAUUUGACAUCCGGGUCCCGCUCAUGGUCCGCGGGCCGGGCAUCAAACCGAACCAGACGCUGCAGGCUCCGGUGUUGAAUAUUGACCUGGCUCCGACCAUCCUGGACAUAUCUGGUGUCAACCUGUCUUCUGUGAACGUGGACGGGCAGUCGUUCCUCUCUCAGAUGGCUCCGUCGCUGCGUAAUGGCACCGUACGUCCCGUUUUCCUUGUUGAAUACACCGGAGAGGGACAUCCAACGACGGAUCCUGCGUGUCCCAAACUGGGUCCUGGACUGUCUCAAUGUUUCCCAGACUGCGUGUGUGAAGAUGCCUUCAACAACACGUACGCCUGCGUCAGGACCCUCAACAAAGACCACGACCUACAAUACUGCGAGUUUGCAGACAGCGAGUCGUUUGUAGAAGUGUACAACCUGGUGUCGGACCCCCACCAGCUGGAGAACGUCUGGAAGAAGAUGGACCCGACGUUCCUGCAGGCGAUGAACCAGCAGCUCAUAAAGCUGCAGUCCUGUCAGGGCGACAGCUGCCGCGAGAUCAAGUAACGAAGAGGCGCCGCGCUGCAGGAAGCCGCCCAACGCGGACUCUGUGGAAGAUGGGGUCGGUUUAUCUGACCCGUUUACCACAAGUAUGAUCGUUGCCUUUCAUAACCAUGUUUUUACAUUUUGACUCGUCUCGGGAAGGAAAAGCACAGGUGUGAAUAAUCAUGGCUGGAUUCUAUUCAACUGCUUCAGUUUCAGGGUCCUGGGGUUGUGCAUGCUGGCUCACUGUCACACUGCCAUGGUUUAUACUGGGACACUUGAGUAGAACAGAGCCAUUGUGAAAAGAUGCUUUGACAUUCUGGGAAAGUCUGCUUAUUCGCUUUCUUACUGUGAGUCCUUGCAUACAGAGUCCGACAUUUUCACAAGCUAAAAACAAAUUCAAAGAAAGGCAAGAGACUUAGUUUUUUUUUUUUUUUUUUUUAAAUACGACAUCACGUUGUGUCGAUCACGCUGCCUCCAAAACGUUUGUACGUCAUAUAUACAUUAUUAAAUCGGAUCAGGUUUUUCUGCUUUUUUUCACAUCCGUAGGAAGCAUUUUUUUAAGGUGUUGCGACAUUUUUUUGAGAUCCUUCAGGAUCAAUCUGUUCGUGGAAAUUGUUCUUUUUUAAUAUACAGUAUGUCUUCAGUAUCGGUAGUAAAGCAUCUGCUUGGAUGGAGCCAAUAUUUCCUCUUUCUUUUUCUCUUUUCAAAAAGAGAGAGAACAACUAAAUCAUCCUCACUGCUUGAAGACAUUUUAACUCUAGCUUGUAUUUAUGUACAGUAUAUAGCACCUUUCGUGCAAACAUGCAGUUUAAAGUGCUACACAGAACAUCAUCACAAAAUGAAAAGACAGAUGAGAAAAAAGCAAGACUUAAAACUACAACAAUAAGACAAUAACAUGUAGAAGACCAACAGAAUAAAAUAAACACCAGGGUUAAAAAAAUGAUUUAAAAAUCACUGACACUUAUAAAAUAAUACAAUAACAUUACUCCAAAUUAAAGCCAGAUGUAUUUUUUAUGAACCUUUUUUUGCAACGGAUUAAUUAACACGCGUCGGACUCAGUGUGCAAGGUUUCUGUUCCCAGCCAAAACUGUGCUUACAGAAAAAUGUAAGGACUUUUUUAGAGAUGUUGGAGCUAAAUAUGAAAAAUACAGCCAGCAGCUGGUUAGCUUUAGCUUAGCUUAGCUUAGCAUAAAGACUGGAAAUAGCUAGCCUGGCUCUGUGCAGCAGUAACAAAACACGUCCAUCACUGAUUAACAUGUUAUAUCUUCAAUUCGUAACAAACACUGAGGUGUCCACCGGUUUUGUCCCGGACUAUUUCUUGGUCGGUAAAGAAGAAAUAAUCCUCUUAGUAAUAUAAAUAGUAGUUGUACUUUUCCACGUCUUUGUACAGAACCUCCACCAGGAAGCAAAUAAGCGUAAUGUCAAACUUUUCCUUUAAUGUUCUCACUAACACCUGUGCUUUUUUUACGACGAGUCCAAAUGUCUGCUGUGAAAAAGGUCUGUUUUUCUAACUGAGCUGUGCUCAUUUAUCUCUCAUUAUAUCCAGAUAAACUUCUCGUCCAGUUUAUUUUGUGCAGAUGUGUCGCUCUGCAUAUGAACUGCACUAAACUUCUGUUCUUUACAACGUUCAAGGUGCAAAAUGCCGUCUCAACAUUUGUUCCUAAACGAUACACAACCAAAGUUUUGCACGUACGCUGUAGCUGUCACUAAUCUAAUCAUCGGUAAAGGAAGAGUUCCACAUUUUAGGAACUACACUUUUUGGACAGUUAUCUUAGAAGACUGAUGCUCUCGUGUCUAUCCGUUCUGUAUAAAGCGUUAUAGAUAUUUUCCUAAUAUCGUGCAGCUCUACUUCUGUCUACACAUUCAGCGUACAGACACAAGAGUGGUAUUCAUCUUCUCAUCUAACUGUCUGCAAGAUUUACUUAAAAUGUCGAACAAUCUCUUUAAGCUGAACCUUUUUAGAGUACAGCUCUGGUCUCUAAAAUAUUGUUGAUCUUUCUUUUAUCCCUGCAGAACUUCACGUGAAAGAAGUUGAGAGUAAAAGUCCGAUGUGUCCAAAUGUUGCUCGAACUUUGUGCCUCAGAUUUUACGAAAUGGAGUUUUUUUUUAUUUUUUUUUUUAUUUUAAUCCUCAUGUCUGUUUAUUACAAUAUUUUACACUGAGUAUUAAUGAUUAAACAUUUAUAAAGAGCCUUUUUUAAAAGUGGAAGACGGAAAAAAUGCUGCGAUACUUGUGAGACAGAUUUUUUGUAAUUGUGAGGAAUUCACUGAAAGGGAAAGUUUGACCUGGAAACAUUUGAAAUGAACGCUUUAAUCCUGUGUGCCUUGCGUUUGCACUGACGAGGCUCACGUGCCUUAAAUGUGAAUGUGUUUGCACUGUGAUGAUGAAAUAAAAAUUAAAUCUAAAGAAGCAUUUA